AUGUUCGCUACCUCCCGCGUCAAGCCUGGACAGGCCAAAACGUACUCUUUACAGCCGAGUCUCCCUCGCUUGCCCGUCCCCGAGCUCGAAAAGAGCUUGGAGGGGUAUCUCAAGAGCUUAGUGCCGGUUCUUGAGCAAAAGUACGGCCCCUCUGGCCUCAAAAAAGAGCUCGAAAAGCGCCGUCUCUUCGCGCGCGAUUUCUCCGCCCCAGGCGGACUCGGUCGAACCCUCCAAGAACGUCUUUUGGACCUGGACCACAUAUCCCCCAAUUCAUGGCUGAACGACACGCUAUGGCUGGGGCCAGCGUACCACAGCUGGCGAGCCCCGCUGCUGAUCAAUUCGAAUUGGUGGUUGCUUUUCGCACCGGAUCCGAAUGAUCCCGCUCCUCCAACCCACGAAGGGGGCGGGGGUAUGGAGACGCCAGAUCCGAGCCCGACGACGGCGGUAGCGGAGGGAGCGCAAAAGGGGGGGAAAGACUGGUUGGAUGCCAAUCCCAAGCCGGAGAGGAUUGGGGGGUACGAGGAGGUCGUCAAGCGGGAGUGGGUGACGGAGUGGCAGGUGCGAAAGGCGAGCUGGAUGGCGAGAAGGUUUGCAGAGUUCAGGGAGAGGUUGGCCAAGGAGGAUAUCCCCCCAGAUUCAAGCAAAGCCGGGCCAUUCUGCAUGGAACAGUACCGACACCUCUUCAACUUCUCUCGUAUCCCGCUCCCGGGAUGUGACGCCUUCUCCACCGCCGCCCCUACCGCGACCCACCUCUCCCUCAUGAUCGACGACUUCAUCUACUCCAUCGACGUCUUUGCGCCCGUAUCUUCGCCUCUGGAGAUCCCCGCCCCUCUCCCCGUCGGCGUGAUUGAGAAAAACAUCAAGGCGGCGGUGGAUGAUGCGCGUUCCCGGAUCGACGCGGGGGAGAAGGCCAAGGCUGUAGGCAUUCUUACAGCUGACGAGCGGGAUACAUGGACCAAGAACCGAGAACGUCUCCUCCUCCUCUCCCCUUCGAACCGAACCACCCUCUCCUCCCUCUCGACCUCCCUCAUCUCCCUCUCGCUCGACACCUACACCCUCCCCUCCCUCCCAUCCUCCGACCCGCUCCGACACGGCCCGCUCGACGCGCAGGUCCGGAACGUCUCGGCGGGCCUCAAUGGCGGUGGGAACCGGUGGUUCGACAAGCCCAUCUCGAUCCCUGUAGAGACGAAUGGCCGCGCGGGGAUAUUGGGGGAGCAUUCGCCGGUCGAUGCGCUGAUUCCGAGUAUUGUGAUUGAGUAUGUGUUGGCGGAACCGGUCGAUCCGGCUCAGUUUGGGAUAGGAGAGGGGGCAGAGGGACAGAAGGGACAUAAGGGAUGGGCGAGAUGUGAUUGGGUGACUGACGAAGCGAUGGAUCAGGAGAUUGAGGCGUGUAGGGAGAGAAAUAGGGUUAUUGUGGCGGAUAGCGAGGGGAGUCAGUUGUGGUGGAAUGAGUAUGGAGUGGAGUGGAUCAAGAAGAAUGCCAAGCUCAGUCCCGACGCGUUCGUACAACAAGCCCUGCAGCUCGCUUGGUUCCGAGACCAAGGGUACGCUACGGCCACGUACGAGACGGCAUCGACACGGGCGAUGCAGCAUGGUCGGACGGACGUCAUUCGGAGUCUGAGCGAGGAGAGUCGGGCUUGGGUCAAGAGUAUGCAGGAUGAUAAGGCGGAUGACGCAACCCGCUACGCCCUCCUCCAAACCGCAACCCAGACCCACGCCGCUCUGACCAAAACCUCGUCCAACGGACACGGGUACGACCGGCACCUCAUGGGUCUCCGGACCCGCCUGCGCGCGGGCGAGACGCACGCACUAUUUGAGGAUGAAUGUUAUGCCAAGAGUCAAGAGUGGAAGUUGUCGACGUCGGGGUUGAGCGCGGGUGGAAAGUUUAUGGGUACGGGGUUUGGGACGGGGUGGCCGGAUGGGUAUGGGAUAAAUUACUUGGCAGGACCCUGCUUGAUAAAAUUCGGGAUUGAGGGUAAAUACUCGGCACCGUCCACAUCGGUCGCAAGGUUCAAGCAUCAGAUUGCGCAGGCGUUGAGGGAUAUGCGGAGGGUGUGUGAGGCGUCAGCGGGGGCGGGGGCGGGGGUGGGGGCGGGUGGGAAGGGGGAUAUACCCAAGGCUAAAUUGUAG